AUGAACAAGACAGAUGAUGAGGAACUGAAGGAUAUCAAUGGAUAUCAGAGGUUAAUAUGCAAGUUGAUAUACUUGACUAUAACCAGGCCGGACAUCUGCUUUGCAGUACAGUUGCUGAGUCAAUUCAUGCAACAUCCAAAACAGUCUCACCUAGAAGCAGCCAUGAGGGUUGUCAGAUACAUCAAGAAGUCACCAGGCAUGGGUAUAUUUCUGAAAAAAGGAGCACUAACACAAGUAACUGCCUAUUGUGAUUCAGAUUGGGCAGUAUGCCCAAACACAAGAAGGUCAGUGACUGGUUAUGUGAUCAAGUUGGGUGACUCAUUGGUUUCAUGGAAGUCUAAAAAACAACAGAUAGUGAGCAGAAGUUCUGCAGAGGCAGAAUACAGGAGUAUGGCAGCAGUCACUGCUGAAAUUGUUUGGCUAGUGGGACUGCUAAAGGAUCUCAAUGUAAGAGUACAAGAACAUGUGGGAGUAUACACGGAUAGUAAAGCAGCAAUGCAGUAG